UCAACUUUUCGUCAAAUUCCGCACUCUAGAGAUGCGACUUUAGCUGGGGAGAAACAAUACAAACGUCCUCCUUUCGCUUUUAGCAGAGAAAACGGGAAGUGUUUGAAACCCCUAGGCGCCAUGUUUUCUUUCAUCAGUAACAGCAAGCGCUUUUGCGCUUCCCCAAUACUACGUACACUUGUUCUUCAACGACUCACAAGAACACUUUCCCACGCUUCGAAUGAAUCCGUUGUAUCGCUGGGUGCAAGUUCCACUUUCAUCCACCCUUCGGCGAUCGUUCAUCCGGCUGCUAUCAUCGGUCAGGGUGUUUCAAUCGGUCCUUUUUGUACCGUUGGUCCUUCUGCAAAGAUUGGGGAUGCUUGUAAACUGUACACAGGAAGCCAUAUCUUUGGGGAUACGGAGUUGGGCGAGAGCUGCAUCGUGAAGACUGGUGCCAUUGUUGGUGAAGAUCUUCCGGGGCGUACAGUCAUUGGAUACAAUAACAUUAUUGGACAUCAUUCGGUUGUUGGGGUGAAAUGUCAGGAUAUGAAAUACAAACCAGGGGAUGAGUGCUACCUUGACGUUGGUGAUAACAAUGAUAUUCGAGAGUAUACAUCUAUCCAUCGAUCUUCAAAAUCAAGUGAUGGAACGGUUAUUGGUCACAGCAAUCUGAUCAUGGGAUCAUGUCAUAUUGCACAUGACUGCAAAGUGGGUAACAACAAUAUUUUUGCAAAUAGUACUCUUUUAGCUGGUCAUGUUGUGGUGGAAGAUUACACCCACACUGCAGGGGCAAUUGUUGUUCAUCAAUUUUGUCACGUGGGAUCUUUUUCUUUUAUUGGUGGUGGCUCUGUGGUUUCACAAGAUGUCCCAAAGUAUAUGAUGGUAGCUGGGGACAGAGCAGAGCUCCGUGGAUUAAAUUUUGAGGGUCUCCGACGUCGUGGUUUCUCAGCUGAAGAGAUCAAAAGCAUGAGGAGGGCUUACCGCAAGAUAUUCAUGCCCAAAGAUGCGACAUCAGGAGGUAUUGAGGAACGUCUUAUAGAAGUGGUGCAGAAUGAAGAAUUAGCCAACUUUCCUUCUGUAUGCUCUAUGGUGCAAUCUAUCCGUGACUCUUUUGAGGAAAACCGCCGUGGAAUUUGCAAGUAUAGACAUUGGAGUGGCUCUUGAAGACAGUUAUGAUAUUGGUUUUCACAAGUUGAUACAGAAGUCUACAUGGUGCAAGCUAGUACUGUUCCUGGAGCUCGAUGUCACAGCCAAAUAUGAGACUUUCUUACUGGAUCAUUGCGAAAGCUCUAUAUGCAUCAAAGUUGGAGAUUGGGGAUUAUUACUGAAAUUAUAUUCUAAAAGCCUACUUUCUCCUACUGAUUGUUGGUUGACUGGGGCCUGGGGAGUUUCUAGAUUGGGUCUUGAGUUUUCGAUUUUCACACAAGCUAUUUAUUUGUUGCUGUAAUAUUUACAGUAUCUGACAUUUGAUUGGUUCUUCAAUGCCUUGUUUGGGAAACUUAUUCUUUGACUAUCUGUAUUAGUUCGUUGAUGCCUAAAUAGGCAUAGUUGUUGGCUGAUGGGGAUAAUUAGAUUAUUAACAAUGUUAUGCCUCUUGUGCUUCCAUAUUUA